AUGAAAGCAAACAAAUAAUCACCUUAGAAAAUUUUCAAUAAUCAAUAACAAGUAAAAAAAUAGAAGAAAAGUUCAUGGAAAUUAUGUUAAUAAAUUACCUUUAAUAAACCCAAGAAAUAAGACCUUGUCCUAAUAAUAAAUGUAGUUAGUUAUUAUGCAUUUCUCCCAACAAAUAGAUGUAAAGAAGAAUUCUCUUGUAACUUAUGCAGUAAAUUAAUAGUUGAUAUAAAUAGAUGUUAUUUGGCUUGAUAAAUUGUUCUUAUUAAAAAUUAAAGAUACUAAAAGUGAUUUAUUAUCAUCUUUUUUUUAAUUUGUUUCUACUUAAGAAUGUCCAAGAUGUAAUUCUAAAAUACUAAAAAAUGGAGGAUGUAGUCAUGUGACUUGUAAAAAAUGCCAUUUAUAUUAUUGUUGGAUAUAUAACAAUUAAUUAAUCAACCAUGUUCAUAAUGAUUUUAUUUGCUUCAUUAGAAAACUAGUCUACAUUACAUUAAUCUUAUUCAAUAUUGGUAUCACAUUUUAUAACUUAGAUUGAUUUUAUACUUCCUAAUGCUAUGAUAUUAUUAUUGUUAUUUUUGAGGUCUCUUUUUGCUUUAUAAUUCCUACAUUAUAUUACCAAUCGCUCUUAUUACUACUUUGGUUUACACUUUCAAAUAAUUACCCAAGCUUCCCAAGCUUAAUGGUGUUCGAAAAUAAAGAUUUAUUAAAUCAUAAAUAAUAUUUUUGAUAGUCUAAACAACUAUUUUAAUAUUAUAAGUGAUAAUCACUUAUUACAAAAUUUACAAUAUAACUUUAUAUCAGUUUCUAAAUUAUCAUUACUACUAAUUUAUAAUUAUUUUUUUAUUUGGAUCAAUUACUAUCCUAAUAAAGUUUUUUUACAAUUUCUUGUAAUCAAAUUGGCUCAAAUACUUGAUUUGA